UACUCUUUGGAGGGGCACGUGGGGACGCAUGCGCAGUAGUGCUAUCUGAACAAGGUUUCGAGAAGCAGUGGUUGUUUGGAGUUGUGCGGUGCGCGGUCGCUCCACACCCAGUGCACGGGAGGAAUUUCGAACUUCUGAGUAUUUUUUUUACGUCAUUUGUGAUGUACCUGUCAUUGGUUACUGAAGAAAUUAGUAAAUCAGAUGAAAAUGGUACAGUAUUUAUUGUUUAGUUUGUUUGUGUUCGUGUUUGUGAUGAAGCUAAACGGAAAGUGACGUGAAAAGUUCUACUGGUGCUGCGCAGUCAUUUUGUACCUGGAGGCGCAUUUUACCCAUGGUACCUGUGUGGCGUGCGGAGCAACAAAAUAACAAGAUGAGCGCGGGCGCCGGCGGCGCGGGCGAGGCGGCCGCGCGCAAGCAGCAGGAGCGCGAGUCGCUGCGCGGCGUCAUCCAGCAGUGGAACGCCAACCGCCUCGACCUCUUCGAGCUCUCCGAGCCCAACGAGGAGCUGGAGUUCCACGGCGUGAUGCGCUUCUACUUCCAGGACUCGGGGCAGAAGGUGGCCACCAAGUGCAUCCGCGUGGCGUCGGACGCGCCGUCGCAGGCCGUCAUCGAGACGCUCAUCGAGAAGUUCCGCCCCGACAUGCGCAUGCUGUAA